AUGCAACUGGAAAAUCAGCUCUUCGCCCUUCCGGCUACUUUAACUGACCGGUGGCGCAUGGAGCACGAAAAGUUGAGCCCGACGACGAUUUUGACGGACAACGGCUCAGCUGAGGAUAUCAGUUUUUACAUUCCUCCCAGUGCAUCUGGCUUGCUCAGCUUGGCAGAUAAGAUCUUAGAAUUGGAGGUCGGCAUCAAAGUGAAGAAAGGUGCUGCUGAUUGGACACUGGUAACGAACGCUGACAAUGUGGCCCCCGUCAACAACUUUCUACAUUCGCUAUUCUCUUCGUGUCACGUAACUGUGGCAAAUCGGCUUAUUUCGGGUGCCGCGUCAUUUUAUCCAUACCGGGCUUAUUUGGACUCUCUCCUGUCCUAUUCGGUGGAUGCCCAAAGGUCCCAGUUGACAUCUGCUGCGUUUUACACUGACACUGCACACAAGAUGAGCGACGAUAAAGACAACAAAGGAGAAGUAGGCCGCAGAACCCUAUUUGCUGGCGGUAACUACGCCCAACUGUCCGGAAAAAUAUUUGCUGACUUAUUCGACCAAAGUAAACCGCUGUGCACCGGUGUGCCGAUCAACAUCCGCAUGGUGAUGAGUCGCCCCGAAUUCUGUUUACGAGUAUGGGACACUGAUGCCACCAAACAGUUUAAACCUUUUAUUCGAAAUGCACGACUGUCCAUCCGUCGAUACAUUCCGGCACCUAAUUUUAUCACCGCUGUGGCUUCCGAAAUGCUGAAAAAGACCGUAAAAUACCAUAUUGAGCGUGUGGUUAUGCGUGUCUCGGAUAUUCCACAAAAAACUCAAAGCACGGUUGUCAGCAACCUGCAAAUUGGACAGAUUCCCAAGGUGGUUUUUAUCGGAUUCGUGGAGAGCGAGGAUUUCCACGGCAGUCUCAAAACGAAUCCCUUCAACUUUCAACAUUUCAACAUCAACCAGAUCAGCGUGCAAGUGGAUGGUCAAAGCUAUCCUACAAAGCCGUAUACUGCGGACUUCGGACGUUCGUUGUCCGUUGAAUGCUACGAUGGCUUGCUGGAUGCACUGGGUCACCGGACCCACCCACAAAGCAGUGUGCAUUUCAAUCGAACGGCUUACAAUGGUGGCUACACGCUUUUUGGUUUUGACCUGACACCCGGCCAUACCGGGAGAGGACCGCUGACUUUGGUGAAACAGGGAAUUUUAAGCGUAUCCGUCAGUUUUGAAAAACCAUUGGAUAAGACAGUUAUGAUGGUCGCCAUGUUGGUGUACGACAGCAUUAUUGAGAUCAACCAGCACCGCCAACUGAAUGCGGAUUUUUCAACAUGA